GUUCCGAGCGGACGCAUUAGUAUCGUGCUACGCCGUAGCGCACCUCCAACCUUCUACGAAAGUUUGAACGCACGUACUUCGAGAAUAACAUAAUAUGCCGUACGGUUUGUUAUAUGGAAGUUAAAUAGUUCGCGGUGACAUUUUUCAAUUGUUUUCUAAUGGAAUAUUGUUGCGAGUGGAUAUUUUUUUAGAAAGAUUCUAUUAGCUGAGUGCGGUGCUAUUUCAGCUCGAUGUGCGUCCGGAGUGCGAGGAGGGAGCAUGCUCGUGCCCCUCUUAAUACUUAGCACCGCCCUUGCGGCAGCUAACACCGGCAAACACGGGGGUAUCGAAGUGCCGGAGUUUGGAGAGCCCAUCACUAAUUUAACGGUCCCCCUAGGACGUGACGCAACCUUCAAAUGCAUCGUUGUCAAUCUCGGAAACUUUCGGGUGGGCUGGGUGAAAGCAGACACGAAAGCUAUUCAGGCUAUCCACGAGCACGUAAUCACUCACAAUCCCCGUGUAUCAGUAUCUCACAGCGACCAUUCCACAUGGUACCUCCACAUCAAGAACGUACAAGAAGAAGACAGAGGACAAUACAUGUGUCAAAUCAAUACAGACCCGAUGAAGAGUCAGAUGGGCUCUUUGGACGUAGUAAUUCCUCCAGACUUUAUUACCGAAGAAACAUCAGGGGACACUAUGGUACCAGAGGGUGGUACUGCAAGGGUGUCUUGUCGGGCGCGGGGCGUCCCGGCGCCAAGGGUGAUGUGGAAAAGGGAAGACGGCCAAGAAAUCGUUGUUCGGGACCACACCGGGGCGAAAAGCAAAAUGCAUACGUACCAAGGUGAAGUGUUAAAACUGACGAAGAUAUCACGUUCGGAAAUGGGUACAUACUUAUGUAUCGCCAGUAAUGGGGUGCCGCCUACGGUCAGUAAGAGGAUACAUAUUAGUGUACAUUUUCAUCCAGUGAUCCAAGUACCAAAUCAGCUGGUGGGGGCACCUUUGGCGACUGACGUCACCCUCGAGUGCUACGUUGAGUCAUCGCCCAAAUCCAUUAACUACUGGGUCAAAGAUCCAGGUGAGCUGAUAAUACCAUCAGAGCACCAUGAGAUGACGGUCAGACAGAAAUCCAUGUUUGAAGCCGAAAUGACUAUGACCAUCAAAAAUAUUCGCAGAGAAGACUUAGGCAGUUACAUAUGCGUAGCUAAGAAUUCUCUUGGAGAUGUUGAAAGCAAAAUAAGACUCUACGAAAUUCCCGGCAACGACAGGCAUAUCGACCAAUAUCCGGACGAACGAAUUACUUCGGAUGACGAUUACGGUACCGAGGCCUACGACGAGGACCAGGAAAAUGAUAACGUUAAAAGCAACAGAGUCCCAGAUCGCGCAAAUAAAUGGUACGCUAACGACGGCAAAACUGUGGUGGCGAACUCGGAACACUCCACAGCUGCUACUACAGGCCUAACAAUAACAAUAAUCUUCCUAUAUCUGUUUCAAACAAUUCUAUAAUUACUGUUUAAGCAUACAAACAUGAAAGAGUUAUUGAUUUUAAUUUUUGUCCACUCAAAGACUCAAUACACAGUUUAAAUGAAAUUAUCGAUAGUUAAAACGUAUUUCUAUGUAUUUCAUGACAGUGGCUUUGAAAAAGCUUUUUUAAAUUAUUAACUAUUUUAAUUAUCGUAUAUCUAUUGAGUCGGUAUUUAAUAAGUAUGUAUAAUUACUUUAUAUACGUUUUGAUAUAUAUCUUUUAUUAUGGUUAACCAUUUCUCCAUCAUUGUGUAACGUGAUAAUAACUAGUUUUUAAUGAGAAUUGUAUAUAGUUUUAUAGGCAAAUAUCAGUGCGUUAUAAUAAUAUAAAUAUAACGACAUUUAACUUCAACACUUUAUAUUAAAUACGACUUUGAGAACUGUAUUUAUAUAGCUCAUAUAUAUCAUUAUGAGAAAAUGUUUAUAUUGUAUGUGCCAUGUAUAUUGCUAUUACAUUAAUAGAGACAUUUAUAUAGAGUUUUUAUUGAUUAUCAUAAUUUAAUUUAAAUGUAAAUAUAUUUAAAAUGCUAAUGUAAAAUGUUAAUAGAUUAUAUUAUAUAAGUAUAAGUAUUACUAGCCGUUUCAAAUGUAUAAACGAUGUAAAAGGCUUAAAAAAAUUAUGACUUUCUACUUAUUUACAUUGCUUGCCCUAUAACUGUAACGUGGACCCUUCAACACAGCGAGGAUAUCCAACGAAUAUAAUUUUAUAGUAGACUAUAGUGCUCUUAAAGCUCUCUUUGUGAUCAUGUAAUCAAAAUACAAACUCUGUAAUUCAAUUUCAUAACAUUUCUGUGUGUCUCUACUCGUAAAUAAUGUAGUUAAAAUAUAAAUUUCUUCCGAACAAUGUGCGUUAUUAUCCUGGUCGUUACAAAAAAUAAA